AUGGCUGGCGCGCUGGUGUGGAAAGCAGCAGACUAUGUCCAGAGCAAGGAUUUCCAGGACUACCUCAUGAGCAUGCGCUUCUGGGGCCCAGUAGCUAACUGGGGUCUGCCCGUUGCUGCCAUCAAUGACAUGAACAAAUAUCCAGAGAUUAUCAGUAAGCAGAUGACAUUUGCCCUCUCCUCAAAACUGGCUUCUGUUUGCAUGUCAUGCAACAAAUGA